AUGCCUGAUGAAGAUUGGGGCGUACCAGAUGUGUGCCUGCAAAAAACUGCCGAGGUGAUGUAUAUAAUGGAGAUGAAAAAUUGCCGUGCUGCUAUGGGCCAGCUAAAAGUGAUGACAGAUGGUAAUCGUAAUUGGGCCCUAUUCUCUCCUACCGAUUCUCGCAUGCCGAGAAUGAUGAUUCCGGCCGAUCAACUACCAUCUGGGUUUUUCGAAAGACCACAGGUAACAGUUUUGAAUUUGCAUGACAUCAUACACGUUGAACCUGGGGAAGGAGUGAAAACAUUAAGCUUUCCCGAAUCUGGAGAAAAUCGCGUUACUCAUGAAAUUUAUGAUGUAGUUAGAGCAUCGUCAUCGAAAGAAAAAAACUAG